CGCUGCCCCCCUGCAGUCUCUUUCCACAGCCAUUAAACCACCGUGAGUGUCCAACUCACCGUUCUCGAAAAACUUUUAAAAAUACCUAAAAAAAUAUAAAACGUUAGAAAACAUUCAUAAAAAAAACGAAGUAUUAAAAUUAAGGAAAUAUACGCGUUAAAAAAAUAGCAAAAUUAAAAAAAAAGACUAACUGUCUUUAGAAAAAAAAAGAGAAGAAAUACUUUGUUUUUUUCCUGGUUGACUCCAUUUUUUAGUAGCAGCUCGUCAUCGUGUGGGUGAGUUUGGGUCAGAACAGCUCCUCCAUUACAUUUUUUAAAGGGAAGUUCCCUUUAAGUUAGUCGGCCGAGAGAUGAACACGGCAACGGGGAGUUAUCCGAUGGCUUCUCUCUACGUGGGCGACCUGCACCCCGACAUCACGGAGGCCAUGUUGUAUGAGAAAUUCAGUCCAGCUGGACCGGUUUUGUCCAUUCGGGUCUGCCGGGACAUGAUCACCCGCCGGUCCCUGGGAUAUGCUUAUGUCAACUUCUCCCAGCCUGCGGAUGCCGAGCGUGCCUUGGACACCAUGAACUUUGAUGUAGUGAAAGGAAGGCCAAUCAGAAUCAUGUGGUCCCAAAGAGAUCCCUCCCUCAGGAAGUCCGGAGUGGGCAACGUCUUCAUCAAGAACCUUGACAAGUCCAUUGAUAACAAAGCCCUAUAUGACACAUUCUCUGCCUUUGGAAACAUCCUCUCCUGCAAGGUUGUGUGUGAUGAAAAUGGCUCCAAGGGCUACGCUUUUGUCCACUUUGAGACCCAGGAUGCUGCUGACCGAGCCAUUGAGAAGAUGAACGGCAUGCUGUUGAAUGACCGCAAGGUGUUUGUGGGUCGCUUCAAAUCUCGCAAGGAGCGAGAGGCUGAGCUUGGCGCCAAAGCUAAGGAGUUCACCAAUGUCUAUAUAAAGAACUUUGGGGAUGAUAUGAAUGAUGACAAUCUCAAAGAGCUUUUUGACAAAUAUGGCAAAACACUCAGCGUGAAGGUGAUGAUGGACCCUACAGGCAAAUCCAGAGGUUUUGGCUUUGUCAGUUAUGAGAAACACGAGGACGCCAACAAGGCUGUAGAGGACAUGAAUGGCACAGAACUCAACGGCAAGACCGUGUUUGUGGGACGAGCUCAGAAAAAAAUGGAGCGACAAGCAGAGCUGAAGCGCAAGUUUGAGAUGCUAAAACAGGAAAGGAUCAGCCGCUAUCAGGGUGUUAAUCUUUACAUCAAGAAUCUAGACGACACCAUAGAUGAUGAAAAACUGCGUAAAGAAUUCUCUCCAUUUGGGUCCAUCACAAGUGCUAAGGUGAUGCUGGAGGAGGGUCGCUCCAAGGGCUUUGGCUUUGUUUGCUUCUCUUCCCCAGAAGAGGCCACCAAAGCAGUGACUGAGAUGAACGGACGCAUUGUUGGCUCCAAACCUCUUUAUGUGGCCCUCGCCCAGCGCAAAGAAGAGCGUAAGGCCCAUCUCACCAACCAGUACAUGCAACGCAUCGCUGGAAUGAGGGCCAUGCCGGCCAAUGCCAUCAUUAACCAGUUCCAGCCCACUAGUGGCUACUUUAUGCCAGCUGUGCCACAGGCCCAGAAUAGAACAACAUACUAUGCACCGAAUCAAAUGGCCCAAAUGCGACCCAACACCCGAUGGCAACAGCAAGGUGGUAGAGGUCAAGGUGGUUUCCAAGGGAUGCCCAGCUCCCUCCGGCAGCCAGGUCCUCGUACCAACCCGAGGCACAUGUCUCCAAGCGGCACACAGGGCCCGCGAGCUGCUGGACAAAAUCUUGCUCCUCGUCCAUCAAUGGGGGUACCAGGCCCCCGUGUCAUGCCACCUUACAAAUACGCCUCAGGUAUGCGCAACCCUAAUCCACAGGUGGUGCAACCCAUUGCCUUACAGCAGACACAACCAGCAGUGCAUGUUCAGGGCCAGGAGCCGCUCACAGCUUCCAUGCUGGCCUCUGCACCGCCACAGGAGCAGAAGCAGAUGCUAGGGGAACGUCUAUUCCCGCUGAUUCAGGCCAUGCAUGCCAACCUUGCAGGAAAGAUCACGGGCAUGCUGCUGGAGAUCGACAACUCAGAACUACUGCACAUGCUGGAGUCACAUGAAUCAUUGCGUUCAAAGGUGGAAGAAGCCGUUGCAGUGCUGCAAGCACACCAAGCAAAGAAGGAUGCCACUCAGAAAGUGGGAAGCAUUGCUAGCACUGGUGUUGCUGCCACAUCCUGAAUACUGAAUUCCAACUGGGUGGAAGACACAGUAAAUAUCCAGAAUGUCCUGCUCCACUGACACCAAGAAAGUUCAGCACGUUUAUGCAAAAUAUUAAUAAAAAGAGGAAAAAAUGUAUAAUUUAAAACAUUCUUGAAUAUUUCAGGAAAAAGUGAAACUAAUAACUGCAUACCGAACACUAUGCAGACCUCAAGGGAAAUGACACUUGUUCUAUUUCUUUGCUUGAAAAUGUAUUGUUUGAUUUAAAAUGUUGGAUUCCUACAUCCCAUUGAGGUUGUAGCAUUCCCAAUAAAGAAAUGUUACAUCAA